GGGUGGGUGAAGUGGCAAGAUCUUAUUGGUUCACGUGUGACCCAAUCUUUACACCACGAAGCACAGCAACAUUUGGCCAAGAGAGAAGUAGUUGUUGGACUGGGGAGCCUUUGAGCUUGAGGUCAGUCAAAGUUACAAACGAGUUCGAUCAUUCAUCAGCUUCAACUUCAAUCCAACUAAGGUUCUAGGAUUUCGUGAGUAGCGAUGGAUUUCAGAAAUUUGAAUCCUGCACAGAUCACUAUGAUGGGAUCUGGAUUCUGUGUUAUGCUUUCAAUGCAUUUCACGACGCAGUUACUGUCACAGCAUCUCUUCUAUUGGAAGAAUCCAAAGGAGCAAAAGGCUAUUAUCAUCAUCAUCCUCAUGGCUCCCAUCUAUGCUGUUGUCUCCUUUGUGGGACUCUUGGAUAUUAGGGGAAGCAAGGAGUUCUUCACUUUCUUGGAGUCCAUCAAGGAAUGCUAUGAAGCUCUUGUCAUUGCCAAGUUCCUCUCUUUGAUGUACAGUUACUUGAACAUAUCCAUCAGCAGAAACAUUGUGCCUGAUGAGAUCAAAGGCAGGGAAAUUCACCACUCUUUUCCCAUGACACUUUUCCAGCCUCAUACUGUUCGACUGAACCACCAUACGCUAAAGCUUCUAAAGUACUGGACAUGGCAGUUUGUUGUGAUCCGACCAGUGUGUUCCGUGCUGAUGAUUUUGUUACAAGCAGUUGGGCUGUAUCCAAAUUGGUUGAGCUGGGGAUUCACCAUUAUUCUCAACAUUUCUGUUUCCUUGGCCUUGUAUUCUCUGGUGGUCUUUUACCAUGUGUUUGCAAAAGAAUUGGCACCACACAAACCACUAGCAAAGUUCUUAUGCAUCAAAGGAAUUGUUUUCUUCUGCUUUUGGCAGGGAAUGUUGCUUGACAUCUUAGGAGGAAUGGGCGUACUCAAGCCUCGUCAUUUGAAGUUAGACGUGGAGCAUGUCGAGGAAGCGAUGCAGAACAUUUUGGUUUGUAUAGAAAUGGUUAUCUUUUCUGUUCUUCAGCAGUAUGCUUAUCAUGUUCAUCCAUAUAGUGGACAGGUUGAGCAAAUGCUGAAACAGAACAAGAAGAAUGAGUGAUGCUAUGUGCACAAAGAUAGAAUGAUAUUGAUGAUGCAGAUAUGUGUUCUAGUUCUAGGAUCUAGAGUUCCACAAUAGAAACAUGAAAAACAUUGAUGCUUAAUACAAGUGCAUGUGCUCUUUUUGUGAAGAACAUAUGAUGUAUUUUUAUCAUGGUUGCAUUAAUUUAUGGGAUUACUAAGGAACUUUAAUUUGCUCAUAUUAUAUCAAUUGCAUCGGCUAAUAAUUGUUCCUC